UUUAAUAUGGAAAACAUUAAUAUCAUAAUAUCCUCAUUAUCUGGUGAAAAAUUAAAACAAUAAGUACCUAUUUAAACAAAAAUCAUUGAAAUUAAAACAUUUAUUAGUUAAAAGAAGGGAAUACCAAUUUAAGCAAUCUAAUUAAAAUUCAAUGCAAAAGAUUUAGAUGAUCAAAAAUCUAUUUAAGAGUGUAACAUAAAAAAUGGAGAUAGUAUAAUAUUAAUGAUUAAGAAAAUUCUCAAUUAAAACAUUAGUAAUGCUCAAGUUAAUUAAACAUAAUAAAAUAAAAAAAAUGAAGAGUAAUUUAAAGAAUUAUUAGAAUUUGGUUUCACAGAGAAAGAAAUAAUUGAAACUUUGUAAAUGACAAAUAAUGAUUAUUAAGAAACAUUAGUAAGAUUAUCAAAUAAAAAUUAAAAUAUUGAAGAAGAAAUAUAAUUAUAAAUUCCAACAUAAAAAGAUAAAUAUUCUGCUUUGCUUUCAGAAUAAAUUGUAAGUGAAUUAAGAGAAAGAGUUUGUAAUCAAAAUGAGUGGAAUAAAACCAUAGAAACUAUUAAAUAACAGAAUUUAUAAUUGUCUUAACUUAUAUCAUAAAAUUAAGAUCAGUUUAGACAUUUAUAACAAUAAUAUAUUAUUGAGAAUGUAAUAAACAUUGACGAAGAUGACCUUAAGACGCUUAUACAAUUACGAGAUUUCUCAAAAAAUUUAGAGGAUAAAUAAAUCUUAAAAAUUUAUUUUAGAAAUUAGAAGGAUCUCUUUUCAACAAUGUAGGAAUUAGAAAAUUUGUAAGAGUGACA